CGCGUGCACCACACGAGAGAGAGAGAGAGAGAGAGAGGGAGAGAAAGAGGAGCAGCGGUGGCACCAAAGAGGAGCUCAUCAUCGCAAGAGUUGGUCGUCUCGUCACGAUGGACACGUGCUGUCUGGAACGCCGUGUGCAGUUUACGCAGUCAUUGAAGGAGUUAGAACAGCCAAAAGAAAAAUAGACAUCCGAUACUUUUUAUAGCCCCGAGCCACGCCAAUAUUUCACUUGCUGUGCAGUUGCUAUCGGCGCUUGUGCUUCAGGAGUUUUUCAAAACUACGUUGUUUCGCGAGGCGCGUAGCAGCGCGGUAUAAUUGCGAAUUCACGAGCUGCCGUUACUUUUCGACAACUCCGUGGUGGCGGCUGCCGCGGCGGAUUUAUCGUUUGCGUUCACACGUGCCGCCAAGCGCGAAUGAACACGCAUGCGAACCGUUGUAGUUCGCGGUGCCCAUUCAUUGGAUCGUCGAGAACGACUAAGAAGAAGAAACGAGCCGCGGUCGCGUUGAGCGUGAUGCAGUCGGACACGAUGUCGCCUCAGUUGGCGUUGAGGCACCGGCGAAACGGCAUCGUUCCACUGCGGAACAAGCAAAAGCUCGUAAAAUAAACACGGCUCCUCCUCGCAUACACACGUCGCGCAAUGUGGAUUCGCGCGCGCGCGCACGCGAAGCAAUAAAGCAAGAAGGUCGCGUUAAAUCGGCAGUCGGUCGCACUCGAGCGGAGGAGGUCGCGCGAGCGCGCGGGCGUCGGAUGCGGCGAUCGGAUCGCUGCCACCUACGAGCGCGGUUGCACGUGACGACGCGUGGUGCAAGCUCGGCGGCAUCGCGGAAUCGCUCGCCUGACAGCCGGCCACAAAUCGUCACUGCACAACACCAAACACCCUCUCGAGGGCGCUUCGCCCCGCGCGCGCGCGGCUGCCUCCUUGUCAUUCGUGCCUUAGUCCGCUCUCUCCAAAAAUAAUAAACAAUGGGCGCGACUCGGUCGGCGCUUAUGCGCUUGCAAUUGGCUUCUCGGGGGGAGUGGGGACGAGGGAUUCGCGUGCGAGGACUUUUAGCACGUAGCCUGCAUUUGAUUGCGCGCAGUGGCACUCGAGGCACCAUAGCGAGAAGGACGUCGAUCGAUCCGGCUGCUGCUGGCAGGCCGCUGUCGUUGGACUAUCGCUCUUGGGGAUAGGCAGAUAUCGUUCAAGGACCAGUCAGGAUGACGGCCACCGACAUGCCACCACUCAACACCCUCGAUGGGCCAUUCGUCUUUCGGCUUAACGACAACGGCGGUGGACCCCAUCUGCUAGUACAGGUUUGCACGGAACGAGGGUGGCGCGAGUACGCGGGCGACAGCAGUGUCCUGAAGGAGCGCUGGAAUCUGUGGUGGAAGUCGGGCGGCUUCUCUCUGUCCAGCUACAAGUCGCUGCUGCCCUGGCAGUUCAUCAACCGGAUACCCAAGGCCAACUCGAUCUGCAGGAAGGACAACCUGAUGCGGCACUUGAAGUGCAUGAGGAAGGUUCACGGCAACGUGUAUGACUUCAGCCCGCCGGGAUACAACCUGCCGUCGGAGUACACCAGGCUCGCGGCGGACUGCAGCCGCCUGGAGAAGGACGAGCGAACGUGGAUCUGCAAGCCAGUGGGCCAGAGCCAGGGCAAGGGCAUUUUCCUGUUCAGAAAACUCAGCGACCUGACCUACGAUAGCGUGGCGGUGGUGCAGAGGUACAUCGAGAACCCGCUGCUCAUCGGCGGCUACAAGUUCGACCUGCGGCUGUACGUGUGCGUGCCCUCGUACCGGCCGCUGGCCGUCUACCUCUACCGGGACGGCAUCGCCCGCUUCGCCACGGAGAAGUUCUCCCUGGAGAGCAUCGACGACCCCUUCCGACACCUCACCAACUUCUCCCUCAACAAGCUCGGCCCCGGCUACUACGAGAAGAAGGAACGCGUCGGCGCUGGCUGCAAGUGGACUUUCCGACAGCUCAGGAGGUACCUCGACCAGUCGGGCUACUUGGACUGGCUGCUGUGGCAGCGCAUCGCUUCUAUAGUCACGCUCACGGUCCUCAGCCAGGCGGCUGGCAUUCCAAAGUCCUCCAAUUGUUUCGAGUUCUUCGGAUUCGACAUCUUGAUCGAUGACAAUUUGAAGCCCUGGCUACUUGAGGUGAACGUUAGUCCUGCACUGAGUAACGACUGCGAGGUCGAUUCCGAAGUGAAAAAGCCUCUGCUGCACGAUUUGUUCGAUCUGCUGGGCUUACCAGUCUGCAACACCGGCUUGUCACUGUUCACGCUUUGGGCCUCGGCUAACGUCGAGGAAGAGGAGGACGACGAAGCGACUCGAUUCUACAACAACAAAUGCCUCAAGAAAAGGUGCAAGUUCGGCCGCGAACCCAUCAAAAUUGUCAAUUUCUGUUCCGAUGCGAAAGCUAUGUUUCAGCAUCAGCAGCCUUCGGAAAUAUGCUCCGAGAGUUCGGAAAAAAAUAAUCGACGUGGUCUAAAAACUCAAUGCAGCAGAGAGCAACAAUCAGAUUUAAUGUGGGACAAUGGACGAGAUUGGCGAAAGCCAAGCAAAAAGGAGGGAUCGUGGAUCAGGGUUUGUCCGUUGAUGGAGCAACAAAUUACGGGAACCGUGGAAAUGGCCAAUGGAUAUACCGAAGCUCCAAAAUAUAUUGAAAAGGAAAUAAAAGCUACUGUUCUUUGUAUUCAAAAAUAUUUAAAAACUGCCAAAGAUAUUCAUCGAAAAUAUGGAAAACAAGGAGAUGAAAAAUGUAACGACAUGCUGCGAGCAGCACUCGAACUUGAAACGGAAAUUUGGCUUCCUAACAAGUGAUUUUUAAUUUAAGACAAAAGCAAAGUUAACUCGACCAUUU